AUGUCGAGCUCGAAAGCCGGCUCGAGUACGGUUGGUACGACGGCGCAGAACCCAUUCUACCAAGCCUAUCGUCGUAGUUCGUGAGUUGUUCUGUGGGUGCUCAAGGGUGGUCACUCCCUCCCCCCCUUUUCUCGCUCCCUUCCCUGCGGUUCAAGUCGCUGAUCACACUUCCUUUGAAUCUACAGACUCGGUCUCGCGUUGAUGGAAUCGCUCGACGAACUGAUCCAAUCCGGCCACCUGUCCCCUCAACUCGCUCUCAAACUGUUGGCCCAAUUCGAUAAAUCGGCGACGCUCGCUUUCAGUUCGCACCUCAAAACGAAAGCGACCGUACGGAGUCCCUUGAAGGUGUACAAUCACGUCGAGGACGUGUGGACGUUUACGUUGGACAGACCGACGUUCAAGUUGGAGAAUAACGCCGAGACCGUGGUCGGAAGGGGCAGAUGUAAGAUCGUGGCGCUCAAGGCAGGCUCCGCCGAUUUGAAGGCGUGA